AUGUCGCAACCCGCUCGAUCUAGUGAAGUAGCUGCGGCCCCGGACACCUUCCGGGCUGCCGACAUUGAACCCGCCGCCCGCUCUACCUCGUCUCUCUCGCCGCCGUCCGAGAAGGACGCGCGAUCAAGCGAGCACGUUGCUGCGACCACCAUCAUUCCGCAUCUCCCCGCAAACGACCAUGACCGGGAUGGCAUCCUGGACGCUCAGGCCGGUGCCGUCGGAGCGACUUGGAAGCAUCGCGUUCCGGCUCUGCUCAUGAUCAUCUUCUUCACUCUCGGAAGCAACUUUGCUCAGUCGUCCCUCUCGCCGCUCAAGUCGACCCUCAAGAAGAAGGUCCCUGGCGUCAACAACGCCCGUUAUGGCGCAAUCGCUUCGGCCGAACAGCUGGUCAACGGUGUGCUUCCGCUCUUUUCAGGCAUCAUGAUCGACUAUUACGGUCCCAGUAUCACCUCACUCCUCUCCAGCACCGCCAUCCUCGUCGGGAGCAUCGUUCGAGCCGUCGGCGGUCAUCGCAGCAGCUUUGCAACCAUCCUGGCUGGCCAGAUCAUCUUCGGUUUUGGCAGCACAACCAUCGAGACGAGUCAGUCCAAGCUCUACACCCAUUGGUGUCGAGGUAACCAGCUCAUCGAAGACGAAUCGGAGUCUCAAGAUGCGCAGGCCGAGCCCAAGCCGGAAACGGAUUCGAAGAAAAGCAGCAAGUGGUACAACUCCUUCUCCAGCGCCGGCUGGCUCGGUUUCGUCUAUGGCUUGGACAUCGCUAUGGGACGCGUCUUCAACGUCAUGGGAAAGAUGAGCUCCAUCCCAGUGGGAGAAGCGACGGGCAAGUGGUACUGGUCCUUCUGGCUUUCGGCCAUCUUGUGCGCUGUCACCCUCGUGCUCAACGCCGUCUACGUGAUGUACGAGCGCUCGCUGCCAAGACAGAUGCGCGUUGUUACCGGUCGCCAGCUUGCGGCACAGGAAGCUUCCCUUUCGGCUUCAACUUCCCUCGCCGCCUCCAACAACAACUCUGCCUCGAGCCUCACCAAAGACACGCCGUCCAAGGAGAGCAAACCAUACGUGAAGCCGCGCACCCUUCGACCGUUCUCCCACCGCCACUGGAAGCUGCUCACACUGAGCGUUGGCGCAAUCCCUGCCUCCUUCUGGCUCAUCACCAUGACACAAGUUCUGCAGUCCGGUGCAGUCAACGCUUACAACGCCAACCUCGCCGAGGUGGUCGAGCUGACCCGUGGCAAGUCCAAGCUCAUGGCUGGCUACGCUUCUUCAGUGGGCCAGGUGCCGCCCAUCGUCCUGACGCCGCUGCUUGGCCUCAUGUUUGAUCUCUUUGGUCGACGCAUGUACUAUGUGUCGGGCUGCGCCGCUCUGUGGGUGCUCGUAUUUGUCCUGCUGGUCUUCUCCGACGUCAACGCCUACGUCCCCGUCGUGCUCGGAAGUGUCGCUCUUUCGUUCAACGCGCUUCCCUUCAUCGCAAGCAUUCCGCUGCUUGUCCCGAACCAGGCCUCGAUCGGCACGGCGUUUGGAAUCUGGAAGUGCUUCAACUCCGCGGGCUCCGUCACCAUGGAUGUCUCUUUCGGCGCGAUCCAGGACCUGACCCCGCGAGGACGCAACCAAUUCAAGAACGCAUUUGCUUUCCUCAUCGCACUCAAGUCCAUCGACGUCAUCUACGGCAUGGUCUACCACGCGAUCGACAAAAAGUACUUUGGCGGCGUGCUCAAACUCAACGAGAAGCAGCUCCAGCGCAAGAUGCACCACGACGACGAAGAGGCGAAGAAGGAGGCGCUCCGAAAGCCCAUCGCCUUGUGGACCGCAGCUGGCUGCUUGCUUCUCAUCGCGUUCGUGACGACCAGCUACGUUCUGUACAUCACCUACUCCAUUGGCACGUAA